CUCUGGGGUUGACCAACGCGCCGGCGCGUUUUGUGGCAUCUUCUCCUGAUAACGCCGAAAAGAACUUAAAUUACUCUGUCAGUUUUGAUCGUACAGAUAAGAGCAAUACAUCAUUCGAAUCUGUAAAGGGUCUACUUUUAUUUGUAUACACUCAUAAUAACAACAAAAUGCUGUGCUUUUGUAGAAUAAAGAAAACAGACAGGGUGCGUUCUCUGUCUUCUCCGUCUCUGUCACCUCUCUUCACAGACCCGUAAAUAAAACACCCUGAAUCUCAGCGAAUACUUGCCUCAAAGACAUGAGAAAUAUAUGUAUAGAAAGCUUGAGUUGUCUACUUUUAAAUUAAACAAUUCAAGUCGAAAACAAACAAUCUCUUUUUAUGUAAUCCGUAUGAAAGUAAGGAGUGGUACAGUUUCUCCUGUCUCACCUCAUUAUCGCUAAUGUGAUCCCGCCUCGCACUGAGCGCGCUGUUCAUAUGUAAAUGAUCCGAGGUGAGCCAGGUAAUUAUGUACACGCCCCCGCGAAAUGGCAUAAAACGGCAAGCUUCAUCACAGAAUUUACUCACUUUUUUCUGCGCGUUUGGAUGAUGGCACGCUACAUGGGUGAAGAAGCACUCCAGCUGUUUCUGGACAGCGACGAAGACAUUACUUUCUCCUCAGAGGAAGAGCGCGACUCGGAUGACGAGCGUUUGCAUUUUGAAGAGCGAGUGGACCCAGCGGAGGAUAUCAUUCCUGACGAGACUGUGAAUACCCCACUCUCGCCUUCACCUGCAUCUCACACAGGAAGUGGACGCAGACGUGAGAAAAACAGUGAAAAAGAACCUGUGGCAAAGAGAGCCAAAACAGAUAAGCAGCCCACUCUGUCAUGGAACACAGAGACUGAUGUUGACAUGGCUCCACAGGCUCUGAGAUUCCUGCCCACACGGGAACCUGGACCACAGCUAGACCCAAGACCCUGUGAGGCACACACUCCCAUGAGUCUCUUCAAAAUGUUUUUUUCUUCAACUGCUGUGUCAACUCUGUGUCAAAACACCAAUGCUCAGGCUGCCAGGGCACGUGCAAAGGGCCAUAAAUAUAAAUGGACAGACGUCAGCAUCAGUGAGCUGUACCGUUACAUUGGGCUACUCUUCUACAUGGCCAUGGUGAAGUUGAGGUCCAUCAGAGACUACUGGCGGCAGGAUAGUGUUUUCUCUGUUCCUUUUCCUGCCACAAUCAUGUCAAGGGACAGAUACCGCACCAUUUCAUGGAAUCUGCACAUGAGUCACCCAGAUGCAGACAAGGACAAUGACCGAAAGAGAGGCACAGCUGAACACGACCGUCUUUUCAGGAUCAGACCCCUCGUGGACACUAUCCGGCAUGCAUGUAAGGCCAUCUAUCAUCCAAGACAAAAUUUGGCAGUGGAUGAAAGAAUGGUGGCAUGCAAAGCAAACACAGGAAUGACUCAGUACAUGAAAGCCAAACCAACCAGGUGGGGCUUCAAGUUGUUUGUUCUUGCGGACUCAUCAAAUGGAUAUACUGUAGAUUUUGCUGUGUACACAGGAAAGAACAACUUUCCCACAGGCCAUGGACUGUCAUGAUGCUGUGACAUCUCUGUUGGACCGUAGAGUUUUGGGCUUUGGGUACCAUGUAUACAUGAAUGAUUUUUACACUAGUCCCAAGCUUCUAACAGACUUGUUUGCUUUGAAGUUUGGUGCAUGUGGGACUUACAGAGACAACAGGAAGGAUUGCCCUCGGAAUGCAGCUAACUCACUCACCAAAAAAUCUGUUAGGGGCUCCAUCAGGUGGAUUCGAGAUGGACAUCUUGUGUUUGUGAAAUGGAUGGACACACGAGAGGUGUCUGUCUGUUCCACCAUCCAUGCUGCUCAUACAGGAGAUACUGUGCAGAGGAGGGUGAAAACACAAAAUGGAUGGAGGACAAAGAGUUUUCCAUAUCCUGCACCUGUGACUGCAUACAACCAGCACAUGGGGGGUGUUGACCUGUCUGAUCAGCUGUUACAGUACUACACCACACAGCACAAAACAAUGAAGUGGUACAGAAAGCUAUUUCUACACUUCUUGGACAUUGCUGCCACCAAUGCCUUUAUUGUACACAAAGAGCUUUACGGCACCAUGAGCCACAAGGAGUUUAUGGAAGAACUAAUUGCAGAGCUCUGUGGCGUGUCACAGAAAAUAACACCAAAGCGGACCAGUGUUGACCAUGUGCCAGUUCCAGGAGCUGAGCAGGCCUCAGAUGCCACUGCUGGUCGCCGGAUCUGUGUGCUUUGCAAAGCAAAGCAUGGUAAGAGGCAGGACACUCCUUGGAAAUGCCAGGCAUGUGAUGUUCACUUGUGUGUUCAGCUGAAAAGGAACUGUUUCCUAGAGUGGCACAAAGAUGUAUAGCUGUAUAGAUGUAUAGCUGUUCAAUUCUGUGGGCUUCAAAGAGUGGGCUUUUACUAUAGUCUAAAUAAACUACAAACAAAAAAUAUAUAAAUUUCUUUUGUCCUCACAUUCUUUUUCAUAGCACUUCCCUCUCAGCCACAUUCCUGACUCAACGGCUCAUUAUGCAGGUCAUUAUGCGGGUCUUUGUCUUCUUAGGUGUCAAUCACAUUAUUA